AUCCCUUUAACUAUUUUACACCGGUCUCGUAAUAAGAGUAGGGUGAAGAGGCAAGAGGCGAAAAGUGAGACAUUGGAGGCAAAAAGUCACUCGCUAUUCAACCCGUCUGUACAAUAUCCAACCUUUUCUCCGAAACCACUGUCGACAUACGUACAGUCCCGAUCGCUUAAGAAUAAAAACAACGCACAUCGACAAUAUGCGAUACACGCUCGCUCUCGUCUCCGCCCUUCUAGGCGUCGCCGUCGCGGCCCCCCAGGGCGUCACCGAAACGCUGACUCCUACCGGUGCCGCACCGGCAGGUUGCACUGGCACCUUCGACGGCAAGUUCGAGAUCACCGUCGCAGAGGUCACCGAGAAGCGAAGUCUCUCUCAACCAGAGAAGCGUGCUGAGUGUGGUAGCGACGGUGUUCUUGUGUCGACGCUGAAGGACGGGACUAUUUCUGAUGCCAAGGACCGAACUGGUUAUAUCGCAUCCAACUACCAAUUCCAAUUUGAUGACCCUGCCCAAGCCGGUGCGUUGUACACCAGUGGAUUUUCUCUCUGCGAAAACAACAUCCUCGCGCUCGGUAGCAACAAGACUUUCUACCGAUGCCUAUCAGGCGACUUCUACAACCUUUACGACCGUAACUGGGCCGCUCAGUGCUCGCCCGUCUCGAUCAUCGCCGUACCAUGCGGCUCAGAUGACCCGGCUUCGCAAAUCCCCGACGGUCAGGUUAUCGGCACCAGCGUCGUGCAAACUACUAUCGUCACCGCUCUGCCGGACGGUCAACCGCAGGUCGUCACCACGACGGUUCCUGUUCCCAUCUGCCAGAUCAGCGAUGGUCAAGUUCAGCAAGGAAGCACGCCUUGUGCCUCUAUCACGGCUAGCGCGACCAGCACGUAUGUGCCCGUGAGCGAGUACACCGAUGGUCAGAUUCAAGUGACUCCCCCCGGAAGUGCACCGGCUCCCUCGGCCACACCGACGGCUGGUUCAUCCGCACCUUCCGCUCCCUCCGCGCCUGCUCCGUCUGCUUCGGGCUCAGCACCCGCACCUAGCAGCAGCGCGGCUGUAUCCAGCGGCAGUGCAAGUGCAAGUGCCAGCGCCAGUGCUAGCGCUAGCGCCAGUUCUUCGGAAAGCCCGUCUUCAGCUUCGGCAAGCUCCAGUGCGCCGGCGGCGACUUCGGCACCGCCUCAGAGCGGAUCAUCGCGCGUCUCGGUGGGAUCUGUCGGUGCUCUGGUGAUCACGGCCAUGGUAGCAUUCUUCUACCUGUAAAUAUAACUCAUCAUUCCCCAUUGCGAGGUUCAUGAAGGAGGACUCGAAAGUAAUAGGCCGGAGAAUGACGGACAAUGGUUCGAGGAGGGACUUAAUGCUGGUAACGAUGAGAUGGAAUUAAUGCGUGAAAUGGCUUUGCAAUGGAAAUGAGAAGCAAACUUGAUAAUAGCUGCAGCAUAGCAGGAGUUGGGAAAUAAUGCAAACUCCAAUUCAUACAUAAAUUGAUAUCUCUAGGACUAUUUCGCCGUGGGGCUCUUUACCUGUACCUAUCCAAUGGGUCAUGCCAACGGAUACCUACCUGCUUGCCUGUCUUCCUUCGUAUCUAAUGGUGGCUUUGAUGACCAGAACUGAUGCUCGACGACCGGGGCAGUGAGACGAGGAUUUAUCGUGACAUCGUGACUUGAUCGUGGAUAGGGGCUAAUUCCAAAUAACACGGUAAUUGUCGGAGAUGAUGGGGACAUCACAAUGACUUAUUAAGGUAGCUGGCCUCUUCAAACGGGUGAAUAUGUCUACUCUAGAAACCCGUUAUAUGAUCUCGUUGGAAUUAGUAGUUGUAAAGAUUAG